AACAUGUGUCGCAUUCUGAGGAUUGCCGUACUGGUGGUGCUGUUGGUGCUGCCUUUGUGCGCGAGAACCGAGAACCAGGCACACACCAGGUCCAAAAGAUCCUUCUUCUUUUGGAAUCCUGACGCACCAGUUCUUAUAGGUUUCAUCACCGGGAUCCCCAUUUCUAUCGCCCUGCCCACGCUGGUAGACACCACACCGCGCGCCCUGGGGGAGGCAGCUCCAGACGAGCGGCUGCUGGAUUUUGAGUAUCCUGAGGACCUCUUCUGGGAGCCUGCCUAUGACCACGAGCUGACUAGACUGGAGAGCUACUUUGACACUCUUAAAGUGCCAAUGGUGGUGUGUCAGGAGCGACUGGUGUGCGAGUUGGCUGCCGAGCCUGAUGCCUUCUCUCCAUUUUCCACGGUGGUGCUCAGAGAACUCAGCCAAGGAGCCGGCCCGGUUAAGCCGUCCCAAGAUUCGCUGUUUUGGCGGCUGAUCGCAGCGUCGGCGACAGGAUAUGCUGCUUUCAGUAAAUUAUUCCUCUAUUUUAAAAUGCAUAACACUACUUCUCCAUUGCACCAAGGAGCCGGUCCGGUUAAACCGUCCCAAGAUUCGCUGUUUUGGCGCCUGAUAGCAGCGUCGGCGACAGGAUACGCGUACAGCGCGGAAGGAUGCGCGGAGCAGUACGGCGCCUGCAGCAGAACUGCGCGCAGUAUCCUCAAUAUGCCCGUGCUUAAAGUGUGGCAGUUCCUUAGCUCACUACUUAACAUGAAGUUAACUUAAAUGCCUCUAAUUGAACUUAAUUGUGUAAUACAUUAAAAUUAAA